AACGAGAACAAAAACAAAAUGAUGAAGAUGAAAAGUGUAAAUAAACAAUUAAGAAAUAACAAGAACGGUUUUGCGCAACUACAAACAAUUUUACAAGGACUGUACUCAAUUUUAAUUGAGUGUACCUGAUAUACCUGUUGUUAUCUCGACGUUUUUGGAUGAUUCCUAGUUUCUAAGUGACACGUAUGCAGUUAUUUUUAGUGAAAAACUAACGUAAAAUGGCGCGAUACUUUAAAGAGCAGGAUAUCGUAGAAUUUAGAGAAUGUUUCUAUUUAUUUGCAAGAUCGGGACAAAUUAAAACUCUCGAUGAACUAACCGUUAUAAUGAGAAGUUUGGGUUUAUCACCAACUAUUUCAGAAUUGGCUGGAUAUUUAAAACAAAAGGGUGGAAAAAUGACUUUUGCUGAUUUUUUGGAAGUAAUGGACGUGCAUUCAAGAUCGGAGGAUCUACCGAGGGAAGUUGUGAAUGCAUUUAAAGCUGGAGACCCAGAUGGAAAAGGAGUGAUCCAUGCAAAACAUUUAAGGCAUUUAUUAGAACGAUGGGGAGAGUGUAUUUCAUCGAAAGAGGUGGACAGAAUUUUUAGGGAGGCGAAUGUUAAUAAUAACAGUAUGGUGCGUUACGAAGAUUUUGUUAAAAUUGCUUGCGCUCCAAUUCCAGAUUAUUAUUAAGCGUUUAAAACACGUGUUUCUUACCAAACAUGAUUUUUAAAGAAAAAUGUACUUAUGGUGUUAUUUAAAGUAUUUAUAAUCCAACUUGUAACUUUGUCUUAAAUAAAUAUUCGGUUGAUGUUCAUUUAUGUUAUAACCAGUUAAAACAAAUAUAUAUUUUUGUAUGA